GCCAAGCUCACUGUGGCUGUGGAAGAAGGCCAUCAUGGGGUUGCCCCUGAGGUGGCCUCUGCCGUGGAUGCUGCUCCCUGUGGUGGUACUGGCCUGGUCCCAGCUCUGCAGGAGCCUGGAGCUGAUCCCCUACACGCCACAGAUAACGGCCUGGGACCUGGAAGGGAAGGUCACAGCCUCCACGUUCUCCCUGGAGCAGCCGCGCUGUGUCCUGGACAGACAUGCCAGUGCUGCCGACACCAUCUGGCUGGUAGUGGCCUUCAGCAACGCCUCCACGGGAUUCCAGAACCCACGGACGCUGGCCGAGAUACCAACAUACCCGCAGCUACGGAUCUAUGGCCACUAUAUGACCAUGCCACUGUCCCUGGACCAGCUGCCCUGUGAGGACCGAGUGCGUGGUGGCAGGAUUGCCCCCGUGCUGCGGGUGGGCAAUGACCCCAGCUGCCUUCCUGACCAGUCACCCUUCUGCAACGCGCCUCUCCCUGGCCCAGGCCCUUACAGGGUGAAGUUUCUUCUUAUGGAUGCCAAGGGCUCACCCCAGGCCGAGACGAGGUGGUCCACUCCCAUCACUCUGCAUCUAGGGAAGUCCCCACACUCCAUCGACACUUGGCCAGGACGGCGAAGUGGGGACAUGAUCGUCAUUGCCUCCAUUCUCUCCUCUCUGGCUGGCCUCCUGCUCCUGGCCUUCCUGGCAGCCUCCACCACGCGCUUCUCAAGCCUAUGGUGGCCUGAGGAGGUCCCGGAACAGCUUCGGAUCGGCUCCUUCAUGGGGAAGCGCUACAUGACCCACCACAUCCCGCCCAGUGAAGCCGCCACUCUGCCUGUGGGCUGCGAGCCUGGCCUGGACCCCCUUCCCAGCCUCAGCCCUUAGCCUUAUCUGUGCCUGGGGCUGGGGCAGUAGGGUGUAUAUGGGGGAGGGGGAGGGUAAGCCCUUGCACCCCACACCCCUCCCCAGUGCACCAGUGGCCUGGCCUUGGGCUUUCCCACUCCUACCUCUCUAGGAAACCAAUGUUGCACUCAGGAGGGUUUGGGGAGGGGUGUGGUCAGGCUGGUUAUGGUCCCCCACCUCUGCCUCUGCUCUGUGCUGCCUGGCUUCCUGCAAGCAAACUGGAGGCAUGUGGAGAGGCCACCCUAAUGGAAGUUUCCAGGUCCCAGGAUGAGGCCUGCAGGGGGUCUUGCCUCUGUCCUGCACCAGCGAACUGGGCUGAUCCAGCAUGGGGUAUACGAGACCUGAGCCUCCCUGGCCCGCCUGUGUCAGAGGCACCUCCACUGUCCUUGGGCACAGCUCUCUGUCUCUGGCCACCAUUUUCCACCCCCAUGCACAUACAGAUGGCUCACUCAUUCACUCACAUUCAUCAAGCACCUGCUGUGUGCCACACUGUUAAGAGGCCUCCAGCAUAGUCCUCACCUUGGGAAUCUCACAGCCCUGGGCCUCAGGUGAUCACUGUCCAGAUGGGACCUGUGACUUUGGGGAGGCUGUCACACCCUCCCAUUGUCACAUGCCGCCAAUAUCACACCAGCCACCACAGUGGGCACUCUGGGGUCCGGAGCCCCCCACCACUAGGGAAGACAGAUCAGACUACCCCUCGCCAGCGUCCGUGAGGCCCCUAAGCCAUAGUUCUCAUUUUGGCCACAUGGGGGGGCUGCAGCGCUGCAGCCACAUGACCCAUGCGCAUGCGCACUGCUCUUCACAGACCAGAGGGUCGCUGUUGGCGUGAGCUCCCGCUGGGUGAUGACCUGAUGUCUUAAGGCCUUCCCUACUCAGCGGGGUCUCUGGAGGUCAGUCCCUAACCUCACCUCUGUCAAAACAGUUAUGCCUCCCUCUGAGCACCUACUGUGUGCCGUUUAAUCUGCACAGCUGCCGGCAUUUUCUGCGUGGGGAAGCAGAGGCUUGGCGACCAGUGUGUCAAUCUUUGUCCACUGACCCCCAGCACCAGGCUAUUAGGACCCUGCAACUUUACACGGCCCCCACCCUCUUUGGAAGUAAAUAAAUGGAA